CGUGCUUUGUUUAGCUGCCUUUGUUGGUCCUUACUGUCCACCGUAGAAAGGGCGGAGGCAGUGAGACGCGGGAGGAGGGAAACAUCGGCUGGGGUACAGGAGAGAAUUCAGAAUGAGCCUUAGGAAGCAAACACCAAGUGACUUCCUGAAGCAGAUCAUUGGAAGACCAGUGGUUGUGAAACUUAACUCUGGAGUGGAUUAUAGAGGAGUGCUGGCAUGUUUAGAUGGCUAUAUGAACAUUGCUUUGGAACAGACAGAAGAAUACGUCAAUGGACAACUUAAGAACAAAUAUGGGGAUGCAUUUAUCAGAGGAAAUAAUGUUUUGUAUAUAAGCACACAGAAAAGAAGGAUGUAAAAAAAAAAUUUUUUUUUUAAACUUUUUUUUUUUUGUUUUACUUAUUGUAAGAAGAACCCAACUGUUCUACAUAAGAUCAAAGUGAUGAAAGUUGCACUCCCUCAUAAUAUUUUGGAGAAAAUUUAUUUUUGUUUAAAGUGUACCUGUCAUGCAAAACAGCAUAGUAUCAUUUAUUUUUAUUUUUUUGAGAAUAUUAUUACACUUGACAAUGAACUACCAAGUUUCUAGUACAUGGAUAGCUUCAGUUUUAUUUGAAUAUCUAUUUUUAUUUUAAGCCCUCCUUGCUGUCAGCAAGUACCCAAAAACUACAAACAUGGCCAAGUUAAUGGCUGUAUGCUUUUUAGCAUACCCCAAUGUGCCUGGCAUUUCACAAUGCUGCCAAGCAUGCAGCUGAACCCUAUUAAUUAUUGGUUGCCAUAUAUAAGCUAUCAGGGGCACACAUGUUUUUGGAAGUGGAAGGAAGCUUCAGGUAAAUAUGUUAAUCGAUACAUUUGUGUUUUAACUAGCAUAAUGUAUUUCUUGAAUUUGAAUAGUUACUUGAUGCUGACCUUGCCUUCCAUACACUUUGUGCAUAAAAGGUUAAAUUGAAAUAUUCGGAAAUGGUUUAUUGAUUUUAUUUCAUCAUGUUAUUCCAAACACUGUAAAAUAAACGGCAUUCAUCGGAAA